AAUCAAACAACCGUCUCCCAAUUGGCAAGUCAGAGUCCAGACUCCUCUAUGACCCGAUAUUGUCAUUAUCCAUACAGUCCUCUGUAAUGCUCCUUCCUCUCACAUUUACCGCCUAUGCAAGCAUUCUGGAUGCUAGCGGCCCUCCAAUAAACCUCAUUGAGUCUGACUUUAAUUCGGAACAAACAACUUCGUUCGUAUCUUGGAGAACCGAGAAUGGCCUAGAUCAUACUGCUGUUGGCAGCUCUAAGGGUUCCAUUACCGUCUUCAGCUUUCACCCUACCAAUACUCCAAAUUUGGACUCCCGUGCAAGACUCACUAUCACACCACCUUCUGAGCACAAUCCACCCACCGUCCCGUCUCCAUCUCCCUCACACUCACGUCGGCACUCUCGAUCACUCCAGUCACCCUCAUCGUUAUCAUUCAAUCAAGUUCUUCUCAAUGUAUCCGCCAGAGCGCGAGUGGUUUCUGGCGUAUCACACGAACAAGUAGAAGCCCCAAAGAAUUACGUUGACUUCGAAGACGAACCUGAACGAUUGAAGGACAUACUCAAGAGCAACAGCAAGCACAAGCGCACUCUCGCAGACUCAAUUCUUCCUAGCUUUGAUAGAGGUGUGGUAAUAGAGCAAUCACCUGCUUCAAAUUCUCCGACGCUUCUGCCCACUUUGCCAAACUCACCUUCAGGUGCUUCUAGCACGAGCAAACAUAAGGACGAUCCCCGAUCGCUACUUCCAGAGACAAAUUUUCCAACGUUCUCUCCGGGAUCAUCUUCGGCACCACCGUCUCCUCGUCCGCUAUCCCCCUUCGACGGCUCACCGUCUCGCGGAAUAGUUAAAGCAAGUAUCAUCCUUGAACCUUGCGGACCUGGGAAUGCACCAUCUGCCAUGCGGUAUAUAGAGACGAUGGACCUAUUGGUGGUUCUUCAGGAAUCAGGCAAUUUAUCUGCCUUUGACAUGCGGGACAGCACGUGUGUAGCGACGUGUGGAUGCACGACCACAAGAUCAUAUCAGGAUAAGCUCUGGAAAUGGGAGAGUAUUCGGAUGGUGCCUGCGUGGGAUCAAACAUACCUCAUUCUGGCAUGUGCAUCGCCUUCGCAGCCUCCAUUUGCAGAGGCCUUUGGCCUUGCAGAUGAACUUUGUGAUUCCAAAGCGCGUCUGAAUUUGUUUGAGCUUUCUGUGGGGGACCCGCAUGGUGUGCAUCCAACAAGGUUCGAGAGGCUUGCCUCCGAUGCCUGGCAAGUCGAUGGGCAAGCCACUGGAGUAGAGUUGCUUAGGAAUGAUACCGAUGGUUCAUUUCAGCUAGUGUACAUUGACUCAACGAACUGCCUUGUCACUCAGUGCUUGACCAUCAUUCCCGCAUAUGAAAUACGAGCUCGCGGACGGUCCUUCACCUCUUUUUCAGCUCCCUCUCAAGAAGAUAACAGAUCAUUGGCGAUCCCGAUCCCGUUCAAGGUGUUUGGUAGUAAAAGUGUCGAGAGUGUUGCUCUUCUAGGUCAAAAUUCUAACUCUGGAGCAGAGCAGGAGAAUAUCUCCCCUGCAAUUACGACAAGUAAUCUUGGGCGAGUCCGGCUAGAGGAAGAAAAAUCCCGUGGUACUGUGAUUUCAUCUCCAGAGUGUUUGCUUGAAGGCAUUACUGCCCGCUAUGCUGGUUUGAAUGGGAGGAUUAUAGGACUCGUAUGGUCGAAUACAGAUAUCACGGGAUUCAUCACAGGAGAGCAAGAGGGAACUCUUACAACUUUUGCUGUUCCUUUCAAGAGCCGGGCUGAGAUCCAAGGCGUUCAUUUCAUGGAUGACGAAGCGUUUGUGGUACUUAGUGACACAAUCUCUUACUACUGUUUGCAGCGUGUUGACGCCGAUAAUAACAUUGCAACUACUUUUUCUGGAACGUCGAUAAUUACUCAAGCAAUUCAAACGAUGACGAUUUCUGGUGGCCCUUCAUUGAUGCUGUCGUGGUCAAGAUCGUCCCCUUAUGAUGUCUUUGCUCUUAGGCAGCUUCGAUCAGGGAAGGAGAUUUUGGUUCAUACUAUCAAUCCCAGGCAUGACGUAUCGAUUAAGCAGCGGCGCCGAAUAUUGUGGAGAGCACAGAGUCCGUCUAGUGGUACCAUCCCAGGAGGAGCAACAUUGACAUCCGUUCUGCCCGUGGAGCUCAACUUCGUCUUGCUGGGUUACAGUGAUGGCCAUAUUCGACGAACUUCAUUACCGUGCCUUUUGCGCCGAAGGUACCAUACACAAUCUGUGCCUCUUUCCGCCUUUUCUUCCAUAUCUGGUAGUGAUGUGCUAUUUGACAAAGUAUCAGACAUGAGCUUGCCCUCAUCUAUAUUGAACAUGCAUCUUGUCCGAAAUGACCGCAUGGGAGAACGAUAUAUCUUAGGAGGAACAGAUGAUGGUGGCAUUGCUAUCUGGGCACUGGAAUCCCUGAAACUCCAGGCGCGAUUCACUCCAUUUAUCGUACCUCUGAUGCGUGUAGCGCAGGUGCUACAAUCCAACGAAAAUGCAGGGCCUCUACGGGGAUCGUUACUAUGCGUCUCAGGCGAUGGAACCAUUGCCGUCGUAUCGAUAGAAGGUUUCGAAAUGCUUUACCUCAUUCCUGGGGCAUCCUCUCCGAUAGCCCGCAUCUAUGCUGGUGGGGAUGAUAACAAUCGUGCAGUGUUGAUCUACGCAGAUGGGAGUGCGCGUGUAUGGGACGUUGAGUCGGGUGAGUUACUUCGUGCAACGACCGAAGAAAAAGCCAAAGAACUCGUCGAUGCUGGUGGCUGGAUCAACAUCUCCCUCGACAAGUCGGAGCUGACCUCAAUCUCCGUUUCGAUGCUUAGUGGAUCUGCUGGCCCUGUUUCAUUGUGCACCCUGUUGCUGAGUCUAGAUCGCUUUCUAAAAUACACCUCCGUGAACGUUAAAUAUUCGGGGUCGUCGUUGUCAUCUGCCCCUUCAAACGCUACACUUUCGCAGCUUCGUGCUGUAUUGUCUGUGUUACUGACACCUGGACUCAGUCCCGACAUAGACGAAAUCUGCGAAAAUAGGCUUAGUACCAGCCCAUCGCUGAGCACCGUAGGGUUUUCAUCUGCGCUUGCCACCACCAUUUACCACCAUGAUCAACCUAUUCACAUUUGGUCGAUGUCAGCAAAGGUUUCUGCCGAUCGCGUCCUCGCGAUCGUCUCGGUCUUGAAGACUUUGUCACUUGCCGAAGAGCUUUCGCAUGACUGCCAGACAGUAAUAACAUUCUACUCUACCUCCCUAGCCCACGCGGUAGGUGCGUCAUACCAAGCUCCGGACGUCGCAUAUUUGGCUAUGCAGUGGUUCAACUCAUCCAACGAUGUCCGGCAAGCUGCAAAGACUCUUUUUGAUGCAGGGAUUGUGCGUCUUUCGGAUGAAGAGAGCAGUGCCCUUGUUGAUGCAUGGCAACACCAUCUGCCAUGCUUGCAGCCUUCCAUCGAGAAGGAAUUUGCGAGAUCAUCGCUCGCUUUAUUCAUUUGUGGAUACAUGGCAGCUGAGAAAUACAGUCUAUUAUCCACCAAUUCACUCAUCGACAUCUCCAAGUCCAUCGCGUUGUAUUUGCACGACGAAUCAUCUGCUUACCGUGGUUUAGCUAUUGACUUGUGUGCACGCGGAUUUCAGAUAUGGCAGCAUUAUAUCGAUGCUAUGGCGGUGCUCCGUGCAUUAUACACCCUCGCUACAAACACGCGCAAGGAAACCAUCCCAGCUCAAAACAUCGGGCCCCAAGCAAGAUUAGCAGUCUUGCAAAUCGCAUCGAGUAACACGCCUUUGUUCAUGACCACGCUUACACUAGACAUCCUCAAUCCAAAGACGCUGGACCAGCGGAAAGCAGUCAUGCAACUGGUAGCGUUCAUGAUCAGGAAGAGACCCCUGAUUCUGUACCCAAAUCUCCCCAGGUUGAUGGAAGCUGUGGUCAAAUCGCUAGAUCCCAAUUCCACAGCCAGCCGGGACGCCGUGCUCGAUAGUGCGACCGAGAUCAUUGGCCAUGUGGUUAAGACGUUCCCCACAGUCGACUUCCACAUGGCGACUCAACGUCUGGCCGUCGGAACCAGUGAAGGCGCUUUCAUCAUGUAUGAUCUAAAGACAGCAACACAGCUAUAUGUUCUCGAAGGACACAAACGGCGACCGGCGGCGUGUACGUUUUCACCUGACGGGCGCCGCCUCGUGACUGUGUCCCUUGAAGAAGGCGUUGUGCUUGUCUGGAAAGUCGGCUCAAGCUUCACGAGUUUCUUCAACCCUGGAGCUCCACCCAGGCAAGGUCAUGGUGGAUCUUUGCCGUUCAAAACACUUAAUUUUAAUGUUGGAGACGAAGCUAAUAUGACCAUCACGGGCACAUUGGAGUGGGUCAAGUUUGAAUGGCCGGCCGAACGCACCGUCCGUCUUCACAUACGAGAAAGUGUCUUAACGUUCAGUACUUGAGCCACGGCAUGUCUAUGUCACAUUGCAAAUCAAGACAUCGUU